GUGUGCUGUGUGAACGUGUUUCUAGGCUGAGAAGAGCUUGGCUGUGUUGUAUAUAUUGUAAAUAGCUUAAAUAGACCCUUUUUUUUGUUGAUCUGGUAGCUGUAGGGGUGGGAAGUCGUUUUCUUCUAGUACAUUUGGGGAUUCUCAUUAUAGCAACGUAAUGUCUUCCAAUGCAUCUCUGUCCACCAAGGACAAUGAUGACAUCAUCAUAAGCAACAUCAACUUUGUCCUCUACACAGUGACCGUUGUGCUCGGCAUCACAGGAAACGCUGUGGUGAUCUGGAUGGCUGGAAUCAAACUUAAGCCAGCAGUCAACAAUGUGUGGCUGGUGAAUCUGGCGAUAGCAGAUCUGAUUUUCUGCUUCACACGAAUCUUCUCCAUCAUCCAGAUGAAGUUAGAACGGUGGCCUUUUGGUCUCUUUCUCUGCCAGUUUCAUGGUUUGUUCAAACACACCAACAUGUUCUGCUCUGUCUUCCUGCUGGCUGUGAUCAGUCUGGAUCGAGUGCUUUGUGUCCGUCAGCCCAUCCUCACGAAGCGUCGACGCACCCUCUUCGCAGCGAGGGUGGUGGCAGUCUGUGUCUGGAUUAUAGCGCUUCUCUUCAGUAUUCCUUUCUUCACCUUCCGCAAAAUCUACAUGGACAACAACAACCAAACUAAGUGUAAAAUGGUGUGGGUGGAGAAGCCAAAGGAAAACAAAAACACCAAAGUUGCUCUCUACUCCAUGCAAUUCAUAUUCAGCUUCAUAUUUCCCUUUGUGGUCAUUCUCAUCUGUUACAUCCUGGUUGGCCUGGGCCUCCGACGCACUCGUCUGUCAGGGAAAUCUCGGCCCCUUCGUAUAUUAGUAUGUUUGGUCAUUGCCUUCUUCCUGUGCUGGGCACCUUAUCAGUGCCUUCUAUUAGUAGACAUUGUGUAUAAUGAAAACAAAGUGGUGAAAAAGUGUUACUCUAUAACAAAGAGCAUUGCUUACUUUAACAGCUGUGUGAACCCGUUGUUAUAUUUCUGUAUGGGGCUAAAAGUCAAGGAGGGGUUUAGACAGAAACUCAUGAGAGUUUAUAAAAGGGCUCUGAGAGAUGAUAUGGAUGGCCAGAUGGCUCAGCCAACUGAUCCCUCUUUGGAUUAAAGCUCUGGGUUAAAACAGAGAGUAGGCGGAAAAGAGUGGAUGUAAGUAAAUUUUACCUUUCCCAAGAAAAAUACAUGUCCUUAUACAUAACCAUUAAUAUAAUAUUGAAAUGCUGAAAUAAUUUUUUGCUUCCAUUAUAUGAUCAAAACCAGUAUUUCAGAGUGAAACAUAAAAGGUGGGAAGACUACAGUAAUGAUAAUCGGUCAAAUUAAAAGAUUUAUCAACAAAGGCUCAACAAAACAGAUGUGUGAACUCCUACCUUUCACUAAAUCUGUUUCACCAUCACUAUACUUAAAGUCAAGUCUUAAGAACAGUGAUAAUUUGUUUGUUGUUUAUUUAUUUAUAAUACCUGGAAAAUUCAUAUUGACACCAGAAAAUUCACCCUCAAUCAUUACGUCAUAUUUUACAUAUUGUAUAUUAUGUUUUUUACUUUUGCUUUUUUCUUUUGUUUAUCUAUAAUUACCUAAUUAUAGAUAAACUGGAAUACUUAGAGUUGUUAACCCUUGGUAAGUUGUUGCCAAAGCAGAAGUCAAAUAUCUUCAAAGAUUUAGGUCUGAGGAAUAAAUCUCACCAUAAACACCACCUGGUACCAUUUCUGGAGUUUUAGACUUUGCUGAUGGUAUUUGCCUAAUGUUGCUGAAUUGUGUGGGGUUUUUUUCGUUUUUUGCAUAGUUAUAUUACAUUGACCUUUGCCACUGUUUAAGCUUAACUAACCCCAGCAUUAGCUUAUAGAUUUUGGCAAAAUAAGUUCAUGAAAACUUUUGCUUAUAUAAACUGAUUUGGCCUUGCCUGAAAUUAUUUCUAAGAUAAUAAUCUAUUAAGAUGACUUGCACUCCCAGAUUUACCUCUUCUGUUAGGCUUCAGUCAAUUAUCUGUUUGUUUGUUUGUUUGUUUGUUAGUCAGGAAGUAUGAUACUAUAGAAUGACAUAUGAGGAAAUCCUAUGAUUUUGUACUCAGUGUCAGAUCAGGAGUUACAUGGUUAUUAAUAUUUAGAAUUUUCUUUUCAGUUCUCUUUUUUCCAGCAACGUAAUGUCUUCCAAUGCAUCU